UGUGAUUCUCGAGACCAGCUUGAACUCAUCAGUCCUGCCGCAGUGCAGCAGCAGCACACUGCACAGCGUCAGUCGUUCAAAAUGGCUUCAGCAACCGCCGCCUCAGUUCACCUGAAAGCCACAUUCUGCAGCAAGGUUCAGACCAGUUCCUCCAAUGUGGUGAGGCGUCAAGCUGGUGUUACGAGGCUGCACUCCCCCAUUGCCGACGGACGCGCUGCGAGCAGGGUGGGCGGCAGUGAGAGCAAUUUCGUUGGUACAGCAUUGAAGGCUGGAUACAGGCUCUCAGUAGCUACCACCAAGGCUGGGAGACGGGAGGCCACAGUUAUGGCGGCCCUCACUCAAGACCAGCUGAAGGAGCAGGCCGCCUUCAAGGCAGUGGAGUACGUCAAGAGCGGCAUGGUCCUUGGACUGGGGACUGGAUCCACUGCCGCCUUUGCAGUGGCCCGAAUUGGGGAGCUUCUGAAGAAGGGCGAGCUCAAGGACAUUGUUGGAGUACCAACCUCUAAGAGGACUGCCGAGCAGGCUGCCAGUCUCAACAUUCCACUCUCCGUUCUGGAUGAUCAUCCAGUCAUUGACCUGGCUAUUGAUGGCUCAGACGAAGUAGACCCCGACUUGAAUCUGGUCAAGGGGCGGGGGGGAGCCCUCCUCAGAGAGAAGAUGGUGGAGAAGGCGUCCAAGAAGUUUGUCGUCAUUGUGGACGAGACCAAGCUGGUUGAUGGGCUGGGGGGCAGCAAGCUGGCGAUGCCGGUCGAGAUCGUCCAGUUCUGCUGGAAGUACAACCUGCAGCGGCUAGAAAACCUGCCCGAGGUCAAAGGCUGCACGGCAAAACUCAGAAUGGAGGGCGACAAGCCAUACGUUACCGACAAUUCCAACUACAUCGUCGACCUUUACUUCGAGGAGCCGAUCAAGGACGCGCAUGCCGCUUCGGAGGCCAUUCUAGCCUUGGAGGGAGUCGUUGAUCACGGCCUGUUCCUGGACAUGGCCACUGUUGUUAUCAUUGCUGGAUCGAACGGCAUUGAAGUGAGGGAAAAGUAGACCAAGCUCAGGUGCCGAAGUUUUCAUCAAUCCGCAGCAUCGAAAACUGCCUGUACCCAACGCCCAUUGUUUUUGCUCGUAUCGUCCUUUCGUAGUUUAUCAUUGUUGAGCUUGAUGCGACUAGCAACCGAGUAGCGCUAUAGUGAACCUCCGACUGAUGUAUCUUCUGUCAAGAAGACGCCCUUCUGUAGGUGCGUGUCUGUGUGUAUGAGGGACGCACAAUGACAGCUACUAAUAGUACCAUCAACCGUCCGAGCUAGGCCAAUGUAGCAUCCGCUUUUGAGCUAGUAUUCGGGCAGGUCUGGAUCAUCAUCUCCAGGCCCAUAUGCAUACGCAGGUGGGACAGUAUCUAACCAGUCUCUCAAGGGUAACUCGUUACUCUGGGUCAGCUCGACUCGCUUGUCCUGCAUGCAGCAUA